AUGGCCGAACAGUUACCAAACCAGCGCUCCGAGAGCCCCGACACCCCAGCCAAGGCGCGUCUCACAGAGGCCGCAAAAAAGGCGAAUCACAUCCAAUCUGAAAAGAAGCGUCGCCUGCACAUUCGCGCUGGCUUCGACCGCCUCGCAGACAUCGUGCCAGACAUGAAGGGUCAGGGCCGAAGCGAGGCCAUCGUCCUUCAGGCCACCGUCGAGCACGUCAAGGCGCAGCAGCUCAAGAAGGAGCAGAUUAAGGCGAUCUGCAUCCAACGCGGCUGGACUCCUCAAGACGUCGAGAACGUCUACCGCGAGCACGAAGAGCGAGUGCGCGAGCAGGACGCAGUGCGUGAGGAAGCCUUGAAGCGGGAGAUGGAGGCGCAGGGUCUUGGGCCAUAG